AUGGUCGACUUCGAUGAGGCGCCGCCCUCCCCGGCCGGCGACGAGCGGCUCUGGACCGAGCUCAACGAAUGCGUGUCGACCGAGUGCGACAGCACGUACGAGACCAUCGACAAUGCGCUGCGGACAUGGCUGGACGUGACGUCCAAGUUUCGCGAUCGAGACAGCGACUCGCAAGACGACGUGCUGGUCUGCGCCCACUUGCUGCUGGAGAGCCCGCUGUUCAAGCAGAACAACGACUACGUCCGCACGCAAAUCAUCCACAGCCUGCUGCAGGAGGAUGAGGCUGCUUCCUUGCACGCCAUUGCUUCCCUGCUGUUCCUCGACGGGCGACUCGACGAAUCUACCUUUCCCCGAAUGAUAUCCGAAGACUGCUUCCCGCGCCUCCUGGAGCUCAUAAAGUCCGGGCAGGAUGACGACGAUCCCCGUCUUCAUCGCCUCUUGCUGCAGCUCAUGUACGAAAUGUCACGCGUCGAGCGCCUCAAGUUGGAGGACCUGAUGCUCGUUGAUGACGCCUUCAUUCACUACCUGUUCCGCAUCAUCGAAGGCGUGUCCGACGACGUCCAAGAUCCGUACCAUUACCCAACCAUUCGAGUUUUGCUUGUCCUCAACGAGCAGUACAUGCUGGCGUCGACGGAUGCCGUCACCGAUCCGACAGGCGCGCAAGUGCCCCUUACCAACCGCAUCGUCAAGUGCUUGAGCCUCCACGGCCCGCAGUUUCGUACCUUUGGGGAGAAUAUCAUUCUCCUCCUGAAUCGCGAGACGGAAACGUCGUUGCAGCUGCUGAUCUUGAAGCUCCUCUACCUCCUCUUUACGACCAAGGCCACCUACGAAUAUUUCUACACAAACGACCUACGCGUCCUCCUAGACGUGAUAAUUCGGAACCUCAUGGAUUUGCCGGACGAAAAAAUGUCGCUCAGACACACUUAUCUGCGAGUCAUGUAUCCCCUUCUGGCGCACACGCAACUCAGCCAGCCCCCGCACUACAAGAGCGAGGAGAUUGUGCGUGUGCUGAGGAUCCUGCGGGGCUCGCAGAACGCGCAUUUUGCGCCUGCAGACGAGACGACGCUGCGCCUAGUCGACAGGGUCACCAAAGUGAAGUGGCUUGAGGAGUCCAUGGAAGAAAGAGCGACGCCACCGCAGGGUGAGGGGACGCCCAAGUACCUGGGUAUCAGCUUGUCCCCAUCACAGUACGCCAGCAGUAUCAGCGUCGGCGACGUCGCCGGCGUGAAAGAGCGACCAGGCGUGCAGACACCGAGCCGGCACGCGGUGACAGCUGGCCUUGGGGCUACGACGGAAGCGAGGUCCCACGAAGAUAUAAUCAAGGUGGUCAAAACUAAGAAGCCUCUUCCCGCAGUGCCGAAACACAAGCACGGGACCCCUUUUGUGCAGAUACCGCACAUCCAAGUUAAUGGCAGCGGCAAGAAGAUACCACCAAAGGCGCCGCCGCCGCGCCGCGCCGGGAGGCUAAAAUCAACGUCGGAGCCGUCACCGGCCGAGCCUACUAUACCAGAAUGA